GUUGCCAAGUCGCCAUCUUUUCUUUUUAACCUUCCCCCACCUUCUGCCUUGGAGAGCGCGCGCUUCCCCAGUGGUUCCUGACGCGAGCUCGAGGAGAGACGCUCAUUUUUCACGUUCCUCGUGUUUGUUAGAACUAUUUUUUUUUCAUUUUGGGCCAACCAUUUUUCCUUUGAAAAAUUUUUCUUCUUUCUGCCACCCCCCAUCGUGUGUGCCGACAUUUCGAGAAAUUUCAAGUUUUCGUGAGUGUGUUUCUUUUCCUGCGCAGUUGUCAUGUGAAAAACGUCUUUUUACUUUUCGCCAUCAUCUUCCUCAACGGCUGCCAUUUUGUUCCGAGGCCUAGACACACCACCAGCCAGACACACACACGCACCAACGGAAAAAUAAAACUAAAACUAAAAAAAAAACUCGUGAGGAUUAAGAGCUUCUUUGGGACAGCGUCUUUGUGUGUCUAGUGUGUGUGUGUGAGUGUGUAUAAUAUAUACCCAGUGUAUGCCCCCGUGUGUGUGUGUGUGUGCGUGUGGAGUGGUGGCGGAAAGGAAGCCCCAGUAUCCCCCCCCUCUCCUUUUUCCUCCCCCCUCUUUUUUUCUUUUUACAAUGGCGGCGUGGAAUUUGCCAUCUUGAAAAAAAGUGAACAAAAAAGUUUUUUGGAAACGGCGUGGUGGUUUAAAAUGCUAUAGUUGAAACAUCUAAUCUUCAUGCAACUACGCCAUUUACUUUUGCUCUGACAUCGAUCGCGUCCAGUGUGUGUUCGGCCAACCAUUUUUUCCAAGUGGGAAAAAAAGACGAAAAGUUUAUAAAACCCUCGAAAACUUGUCUCAUCGAUUUUGAAACUGAAUCACUCGUCGAAUUCAAAUCAUCGAGGAGGAGGGAUGUAUUCGGCCAUGAAUCCAGCCGCUGCAGCUGCUGCUGCCGCCGCUGCCCGACAUCCCGUCAGUCCCGCUCUACCGGGUCCACCUCAACCCGGUCAGCCUUUCAAGUUUACCAUCAACGAGUCGUGCGACCGGAUCAAAGAAGAAUUUUCAUUCCUCCAGGCUCAAUAUCACAACCUCAAGUUGGAAUGUGAGAAACUGGCAUCGGAGAAGAUUGAAAUCCAACGACACUAUGUCAUGUAUUACGAGAUGUCGUACGGACUCAACGUCGAGAUGCACAAACAGACGGAGAUCGCCAAGCGGUUGAAUGCCAUCAUCGCUCAAGUGCUGCCUUUCUUAUCGCAGGAGCAUCAACAACAAGUGGCCAGCGCCGUGGAACGAGCCAAACAAGUGACGAUGACGGAGCUGAAUGCGGUUAUCGGGCAGCAACUUCACGCCCAGCAGCUCCCGCACGCGGCGGCUGCAGCGGCCGCUGCCGCCGGUCACCCGCCUCCCCUCCCGCUGGGCAUGGGCGGUCAUCCGGGCAUGCCACCGACAUCUGCCGGAGCGGCAUUGAUGGGACUUCCCGGCCAAUUGCCACCGCCUCCGACUGGAGGACCAGGUGGUCCUCCUCAUCCUCUCUCGCUACUCAAUGCGGCAGCUCAAGCUGGCGGCGGUGGAAUGCCGCCCGGAAUGCCACAGCCUCCGCAAGGAGGAGGUGGACCUCUGCAACAACAACAACAGCAACCCAACGGUCCACCGAUGGGCAGCAACAAGCACGAGUCGCACCGCGAACGUGAAAGAGAGCGUGAACGCGAGCGCAACAACGCUGCUGCUGCCGCUGCGGCAGCCGCCCAAGCCGCGGCCGAACGUGAUGACAAACAAAAUAUUCCCCUGGAGGAGAGACACAGGAAUUCAAUCUCGCCGACUGAACGCGAAAAAUACCGCAACGCUCGUUCGCCAAUGUCCAGCGGCGAUCCGCACGCGCCCGACAUGAAGAAGAUCAAACGCGAAGACAAAGAUGGACACAUGAGCGAUGGCGAGCGGAGCGAUCAGGACUUGGUGGUCGAUGAUGGCGGAGAUGAUCCUAUUACUCCUCCUAGUCGCAAUCAUUCACCCAGGGAGAAUGGAGUCGAUAAAUCGAAAAAGGAUCACAACUCGUCUCACAGUGGUGGACACAUGAUGAACAAGGGAAAACACGAUGUAGACAAGAACAAUGGAGCAGCCGGAAUCGCUCCUAAGCCUGCGACUCCGACUGGAUUGGGCGGAAUUCCGCCUCCUGGCCCUCCAGGAGGAAAAGGUGUGCCGAAACCUUCGCCACUCGGACAAUAUCCGCCGUAUAUGCCACCAGGCGGACCACCGCCGGAUAUGGCGGGAGUGGCUGGACCUUACGGACCACCUCCUAUGCACGCCGGAUAUCCUCCAAGGCCCAUGUUGGCCUACGAUACACAUCCACAGAUGCGUGGACCAUUAGGUUCCAUGUCCCAGGGUGGCGGUAAACCGGCCUACUCCUUCCAUGUUGGUGGUGAUGGAGUGGUCCAGCCAGUACCGUUUCCUCCAGACGCUCUAGUCGGACCGGGCAUUCCUCGGGCCGCUCGGCCGCUGAGCACUUUGCCCCACGGGGAAGUCGUUUGUGCCGUGACUAUCUCAUCCCCAACCAAAUACGUUUACACUGGUGGCAAGGGAUGCGUCAAAGUUUGGGACAUUAGCCAAUUUUUUGGCAGUGGAGGACAAUCCAAUGGAAGUAUGAAUGGCAGCAAAUCACCCAUCCCCGUAUCGCAGCUGGACUGCUUGCAGAGGGACAAUUACAUUCGCAGCGUCAAACUGUUACCCGACGGAAGGACAUUGAUUGUGGGCGGAGAGGCCAGCACCCUGUCAAUUUGGGACUUGGCAGCCCCUACUCCUCGCAUCAAGGCCGAAUUGACAUCAUCAGCGCCGGCCUGCUACGCGCUGGCCAUCAGCCCCGACAGCAAAGUUUGCUUCAGCUGCUGUUCAGACGGAAACAUUGCCGUGUGGGAUUUGCACAAUCAGACGCUGGUGAGGCAAUUCCAAGGUCACACGGACGGCGCCUCCUGCAUCGACAUGAGCGCCGACGGGACACGAUUGUGGACGGGAGGAUUGGACCACACGGUCCGGUCGUGGGAUCUUCGUGAGGGCCGUCAAUUGGCCCAGCACGACUUUGCCUCUCAGAUCUUUUCCUUGGGAUAUUGUCCAGCUGGCGACUGGCUGGCCGUUGGACUGGAGAGUUCAACUGUCGAGGUGCUGCACACGUUAAAGCCGGACAAGUACCAACUGCAUUUGCACGAAUCGUGCGUCCUGUCAUUGAAAUUCGCCGCCACUGGCAAGUGGUUUGUGUCGACUGGUAAAGAUAAUCUCCUGAACGCUUGGCGAACUCCUUACGGAGCCUCCAUUUUCCAGUCGAAGGAGUCAUCUUCGGUGCUCAGCUGUGACGUUUCAUCGGACGACAAGUACAUCGUGACGGGUUCUGGCGAUAAAAAAGCCACCGUUUACGAAGUCAUUUACUGAGGGAUUUCUCCUAUUAUAGAAAAAAUCUAAAAAUUAAAAAAUGAAAUGAAGUAUAAUCCUCCACACCACACCAACCCUUAUCCACACUCCCCUCGACCAAUCAUUCGAAAUUUCUCACUGUCUCUUUGUUCUUCCUUUCUUUCAUCUGAUCGUGAUAAAUUGACACGCGCGCGUUAUGAUAAUCGCGCUACGCCAAAAUCGUUGGUCAAGUCUUCCAGCUGCCACGAAAAUUUGGGCUGGAUGCUUCGCCGGGGAAGGGAAAAACUCUUUAUUGUGAAACACCAUCAUCCAUCAAGUCACCGUGUGGCGCGCGUGUCUGUUUUCGGUGUGAGUGUUUUUCUUUAUUUUUUUUUUUCCCAUCGUGGAAAGGUGUUCUCUCCUCUUAAACUCAAUAAUGUGUGUGUGAGUGUACGUACGUGUGUUUAUACCCUCCCUUCCGUUUAUGGGCCUUUUUUUCGUCUUGUAUACCUCGAUCAUUCUUCACUCAGUGUCUCUUGGAGAAAGUUUAAUUGUGCGCAGUAAAAAGACGGGAAGUGUGUGGAAGGUCUUGAACCGCAACAAUUAUAAAUUGUAAUUUUUAGCCCCCUCAGUACAAUGAUUAAAUAUUCA